UAGAAUCCACUGUGCGCUGCUGCAUAAAAUAAAACAACUCUUAAUCUAGGUUUGACCUGAAGUAAAGUAUGUUCAUGCUGACGGUUGCUGAAUUUGCAUUGCACUAAAAAUGUAGGCCUCACAGGAAUUUGCAUGGAAGUGCACAAUAUCAUAAACACAAUGGAAUACAUUUACAUUGUUUAAUCAUUAACUUCAAAAUGCAAAACCAAAGAGAUUUAAAUUAAUAUUCUAAACUAUUUACUAAAUGUCAAAUGCACUCAGAGACACACCACUUAGACUUUGUGGAUAAAUUGUGGAUGAAUGUUUGCGUAGGGCAAGGCCAACCACAGCCCCACACCCAAUCCAUGCUCCCCUUAAUUUUGACUGCACAGAAGACAAUGAGGACCUGGGGAGCAUCCUGAAAUGUGCCCCUGUCUGUCGCUAUGGGACAGGUUUGUACUGCUCCCCCAAAUUUAAUUACAGUGAUUGGGAUUCACUGCUGUGUGGUGGCUGACCUUUGUGCAGUGUCGGGCCAGGCUGGACAGCGCGUUGAACUCCUGGCUAGAGAUCCCUGUGGGAGGGUUACUCUGGCACUUCUCUGCACCGGUUGCUGGUUGGACUGGGGGCUUGCUUCCCCUGCUGCCUUCCACCUGGACCGGGCAUGGUUAAUCUCUGGUACUGCAACAAAGGUUUGAUUUCAUUGGUGUGUGGUGGGCAGUUGGGGAUCUGCAUGUGUGCCUAACUAGUGUGGUCCUGCGACCGUGGGCCCGGCUUGAACACUUUGGCUGCUGUAGGCAGGUUUCCUUCACCAUGGGGGGCUGUCCUGCACUCCUGUGCUCCAUUACGAGUCCCUACACGGGUUAGGUACCCUCCAUAUCCAAACCUCAGCACACCGUCUUGUCGGCAUCUCUUACUCCCUGUAUCCCCCACACACACACUUUUCCAUGUGGCCUCCCUCUUUGUGCCCCAGUCUCCCUUCUCUUUGUCAGUUUGAGAACAAACCUUAAGUCUUUUCCUUUUUCCCACUGAAAUAGGGUAGGUCAAAUUACAGAUCAAACUGCAAUCUCACAACGAUCAUGUGUGUGUGUGUCCGUGCGUGCAUGUGUGUGUAUGAGUUUGUUGGCAGAGGGUGAGUAUCAUUCAACCACCUUGCCAUGCAGCUCUUUAGACCUAGUUGUCUCACCUUACCUAAAUUUUCCUCUACACAUACUAGUGGUCUGUCUGGUUUUCCUCACAUUUGGUCAUUUAACUAUGUACCACUUGUUUGACCACUGUGUAUUUGCCCCUCUUUUUUUCUCGUCUCGAUCAGUUCCUCUCUAUUUAUAACUCCUUCACAUCUGUCCUCUGCCUCUUGCCGCUGGCUCCAGUUAGUAAGGAUUAAUAAAGGAUUGUUAACCUCUCCCCUCACCCGCUGUCAUGUGUACAGUGAGCACCCUGGGACUUUAAGUCGGUUCCCUAGCACAUUGUGUCCUUUUCUAACAAGGCAAGCAAUGAGCCAAGCCACUGAGAUGAUGCUGGGCUGCAGAUAGGGGGAAAUUAGUUUGAUGUUGCAACAGCAAUCGCCUGCUCAUGUACAGAGAUAAUUGAAGGAGAUGAUCCUACUACAUUACUUAAAUAGAGCAUUUUUUAAUGAAACAUACUGGUAACUCGGGAUAGGCAUCAUCAAUUGGUCAAUUACAUUAUAGUUCAGAAUUGAGUCAAUUGUCCAGAGUUUAUUACUGAUUAACCGUGUCUUGAAGUAACUGAAUGCAUUACUUGGCUGCAACCAAAAGAGGCGCUGUUGAGUCUCAACUACUUCGCAGCCAGAAGAACAACAUUACAUCAGCUUUGUGAAGUUGAGCUACAUCUACUCCAACCCUUUUCUCAUCUAAAAUUAAUUCAUAAUAAUUUGUCUAUACUUUGAUCAUUUAUUUCCACCAUCUUCAAUCAAAUGUCAGUGAAACACGAAUUCCUAGUGGUUACCAGCAUUAGGGGUACAGUCAAUUCAUUUUCAACAUGUGUUUUAUAAGGUGUCACAAGAUCUCGCAAGAUUAAAAUGUGACAGGGUACAGGAGCCGGGCUAAUCGGUGAGCAGGAGGUACGAUCUGGCAACGAGGACUUAAGGAUAGGCAGGUAAUUGCUUGCAGAUGUGCCCAGGAGUCCCCACCUCGCAGGACUGGAGUGCACUGUAACCACAAGGCAGACUAGCGGUAGCAGAGCGACAAAAACAAGAUGCAACAGUAUCUCCCCCUCCUAUAGGACGCCCCCUGGUGGCAUACCUGGUUUGUUAGGGUGGAGACGGUGGAAGUCGCGGAUGAGUAACGGGUCGAGGAUACAAGAGCAGGAUACCCAGGAACGUUCCUCAGGUCCAUAUCCCUCCCAGUCGAUCAGAUACUGAAACCCUCUACCCCUCCUUCGGGACUCCUAAAUAGCCUUCACAGAAUAUGCUGGCUAGCCAUCAAUCAUGCGCAGCUGGCUAGUGGACACAGGCUUCAGGCAGGAGACAUGGAAAAUUGGGUGUACCUUGAGUGAUGGUGGCAGUUUGAGCCUGACGGAGAAGGGGCUGAUGACAGAGUCAAUGGAGCACGGCUCCACGAACCUCGGGGUGAGCUUCCUGCUGGUUACGGCCAAAGGUAAGUCCCUGGAAGACAGCCAUACUUCCUGGCCGACACGGUAGCCGGGUGCCGGGAUCCUGUGGCGGUCUGUCCUUUGUCGGUUGCGUGCCACCAUCCAGGUAAGUGCAGCUCUUGUCUCCCGCCAUAUCCUCUGGGCCUGGCGAAGGUGCGUUGUACAGAUGGUACUGACACUCCCAACUCCUGCGAAGGGGCGGGAAGGGAUGGGUAAAGGUUGCAGCAGACCAGCAGGAGGAAGAUGGGAAGUCUUGCUUCUGGCGAAGACGGAGCAGGCCGCGACAAACUCCUUGACAUCCGACACCAGAGAAGGCCACCAAAAUCUCUGUGCCACCGCCAACAGUGUGCGUUUGAUCCCCGGGUGACAGGCCACUUGGAGGAGUGACCCCAUUGCAGCACUUCAGAUCUCAACUCCUCAGGAACGAACAGCCUCUCCGGGGGACACCCCUCCGGUAACUCCAUCCCCUCAGCUGCUUCCGACACCUUCUUAUCCACCUCCAACUGGACAGUCCCCAACACCCGGGCUACAGCUGUCACUGCAGCAAUGUGGAUCCUGGACAUUUCAUCCCCGCUCCUCUUCUUCCUCUCCCUCCUGUUGCCGGGCUACGGUUGCCGGGCGGCGGACAUUCCAGAGGACAUUACAUCAAAAUUCUCUCUCAGACUGUACCAUCAGCUCCAGGCGGCGGGGGGCCAAGACAACAUUGUUUUUUCCCCCCUGAGCUUGACCGCGGCCCUGGGCAUGGUGGAGUUGGGAACCAGGGGAUUGUCGAUGGAGGAGAUCCGACACGCCGUUGGAUUUAACCACUUGUUGCCAGGCGUGGAGUUCUCUUUGCUCCAGAACCUGACAGCAGCACUCUCUGCGGAUGACAGGCAGUACACAAUCCGCUUUGCCAAUACCCUCUUCCUGCAAGAGGGCAUCACCUUUAACCCCGAAUUCCUGCACCUGAUGAAGAAGUAUUUCCACGCCAACGUGGAGACCGUCGACUUCAGCGAAUCGGCAGCUGUGGCCGAGCAGAUCAAUAACUGGGUGGAGAAUCAUACAGAGAGUAAGAUCCGUGACCUUCUAUCUGCUGAGGACUUCAGCAGCGUGACUCGUCUAACCCUGGUCAAUGCCGUCUACUUCAGAGGCUCGUGGAAAAACCAAUUCAGGCCAGAAAACACCAGAACCUUCUCCUUUAGCAGAGAUGAUGGCUCGGAAGUCCAGACACUCAUGAUGUACCAACAGGGAGACUUCUACUAUGGUGAGUUCAGCGAUGGCUCCCAGGAAGCUGGUGGUGUUUACCAGGUGUUAGAGAUGCCAUAUGAGGGAGACGACGUGUCCAUGAUGAUCGUCCUACCUCGGCAGGAAGUACCGCUCGCUUCUCUGGAGCCCAUCAUCAAAGCAUCACUACUGGAGGAGUGGGCUAACAAUGUGAAACAGCAAAAAGUGGAGGUCUAUCUACCCCGGUUCAAAGUGGAGCAGAAAAUGGACCUCAAAGACAAUCUGCAAGAGCUGGGCAUAAAGAGCAUCUUCACUAAAGAUGCUGACCUCUCCGGCAUGACAGAUGGGAAGGAUCUUUAUAUUGGAAGGGCAGUGCAGAAGGCCUACCUGGAGGUGACUGAGGAGGGAGCUGAGGGAGCUGUUGGAUCAGGAAUGAUCGCCCUUACCAGGACUCUUGUUCUGUACCCACAAGUCAUGGCUGAUCACCCAUUCUUCUUCGUCAUCAGAAACAGGAGAACAGGGUCCAUCCUCUUCAUGGGUCGGGUCAUGACCCCAGAAGUCAUCGAGCCGAACGACCAUGACUUUGACUUCAUGUAACCAUGGCGUGACUACUUCUAUCACCACCUUCAUAAAUAUUUUAUAAAAGAUAUCAACCAAUUAUUAUGCUGAAUGAGAAAGUGUGUUGAGAAAAGGCAUAUAUACAGUACAUACACAUACAUACUGUAUAUAUAUAUAUAUAUAUAUAUAUAUAUAUAUAUACACACACACACAUAUAUACACCACAUACUGUACAUAUAUAUAUAUAUACACAUACACACUCACACACAUAUAUAUAUAUAUAUAUAUAUAUAUAUAUAUAUAUACACACACAUACAUACACUGUAUACACAUACAUACAUAUACAUAUACAUACAUACACACACACACACACACAUAUAUAUAUACUGUAUACACACAGUAUAUACACAUACAUACAUACAUAUAGUGAGGUGUGUUUUGAUACUGGAAUCUUGAUGGAUGCAGAAAUGCAGGAGGAAGAAGUUGUAAAUAUUCUCUCGUAAAGUAAUAUUCUAUAAGUACACAUGAUAUUCAUGCGGAAGCGCUUUUGAGUUCAGCAGCUUUAUAUACAAUGCACCAAAACAUUUUGAAACAUGAACACCUACAACUUGCAGCGUUAUUUCAAUUAUAUUUAACAUGUGUAGCAUAUGUGCUCAGUAUUUAUCGUGGCUCAAACAUAGCGUCCUCAUACAAUGGCUCUUAGUAAUAUAACAAGCAGCAGACCACAUUCUAGUUGUUUUUGUACACAUUAGGCACACAAUUAAACUGCCAAUAAACUAAAAUGCCUUAUACCAAAUGAGGUUGGUGAAGCCUGGAGCUGGGCGUCUCACAGGUGAGCUGAGGAGACUGCAGAACUAAGGCGGGUUGCCAUAGAGACCAACCGGGGCAUGCAGGCACAUUGAAAAAGGUCCACUGCACCAUUUUAUGGAUGUACAGUACAUAGAGGAAGAAACAAUAACACCAGCUGUAUUCACUCUUAUACUCAAUAAAAUAGAAAUGUUCCUAA